GGCGCAGGGAGUAGGGUGGUAGGUCAAAAGCACCUACGACUUCAGGCAGCCGCAUCCGGCAGCUGAUUCUCUGCCUGGAGAAUCAGGAGGCGCCACCAGAUCCCCUCUGCUAUCCCGCCGGAUCAGCUAGGGACAAGGACCUUUGGACUGGCCUUUGCAGAGCCUGCUGUGUGAGGAGGGUCUAGGGCGUCCCGGUGCAUUUGGUUGGCGGGAUCCCAGGAGCAGAUGCAGAAUGAAGUGGUCCUAUUCCAGAUGCUGGCAAAGGAGAGGGAGACGAAGACGAAGAGAAAGAAGGCAUGAGGGUUAGUCUGCCGACCACCCCAAGGAACUGCAUGCCACGCCGGAGCAUCAGUGUCCUGGAGAAGCUGGUGAAGACCUACCCUGUGUGGCUGCAGCUAGGGCUGGGCCAGGCAGAGGCUGCCAGGAUCCUGCAGCAGGAGGUGGCUGGGAUGUUCCUGGUGUACAGGGACAACAGCCGGAAGCGCCUGGUGCUGUGUGUCCACUUCCCUUCCUUGAAGGACAGCUCAGCCGAGGUGCUGGAGUACCCCGUCAAAGAAGAAAAGUCUAUAGUGUACCUGGAAGGCUCCGUUCUUGUGUUUGAAGACAUCUUCAGACUGAUUGCAUUCUACUGUGUCAGUAGAGACUUAUUGCCCUUCACGCUGAGGCUGCCACAGGCCAUCCUUGAAGCUAGCAGCUUCCAGGACCUUGAAACCAUCUCCAACCUGGGCCUUGGCUUCUGGGACUCCUCACUGAACCCUGCAAGAGGCCCUGUAGAGCCCCUCAGAGGCCCAUCGUCUGGGGCCCCUGCACCCUCCAGCCUCAGGCCCGCAACCCAUUACGCAAACUGUUCCUGUGAAAUUGAGCUGUCUGUGGGAAAUGACCGCCUGUGGUUUGUGAAUCCUAUUUUCAUCGAGGACUGCAUCCUACCGGCUGACCCACCUUCUGGCAGCUGCCCUCCACGCUUCGUGCCUGCCACCUCGGAUGCUGCCUCACCCACCUCCAAGGGGUCCCCACGUCGCCCCCCACCCCCACCCCCGGUACCUGCCCUUCCUCCUGCUGGUCCUUUGCCCACCUCCCCACUAACACCCACCUCUCACCUUGCACCGCAUGCCCCAGGUCCCCCAGGCCACUCAAACCGACCACCCAUGACAGCCUGCGAGAAUCUCCCGCGUCCAGCGGUAGGCCUGGGCCCCUUUGGGGAGGAAGAGAUGAAGCCCGGGACAACUCCCAGCCCCUUGCAGCCAGCCCCUCCUCCUCCGCUGCCCUUGAAGAAGACUCUUCCAGCAGCCCCUCCCAGGCGGCGCAUCUCUGAGAGGGUGUCUCUGGAAAGCCAGACUGUGGGGACCACAAUAGACAGAGACCACCCAGGCAUUUCCAGGACAGCCUCACUCAACCUUCCUCCCCAGGGCACCGUGAGUAGUAGCCUUGGGGACAGGCCUCCAAGGACCACAGAGCAAGGCCAGGACAUAGAAGCCAAAGCCAGCCAUGUAGACAUCACGCCGGUUCCUCCUGGGAAGGCCAAACAACCUCCAGUCCCGCCCCCUAGGAAGAAGCGGGUCUCCCAGCAGCUGGCCCCCACCGUUCUCAGUCCCUUGGAAAGCCCCAAGCACCCCACACAGGAGGCAUCCUCCGAGAAACUGGAGCCUGGUGCACCUUGGGAAGGCUUGAGUCCUGCCCCGCAAACAGGGAUGCCUCACCUCCAUGCCCAGACCAGAACCUGUCCCCGUAACUCUCCAGAAUUCAAGGGUUCCCUGGCCUCACUCUCAGACAGCCUGGGGGUGACUGCCUCAGCCGCUGACCAGGACUCCUACUCAACCAGCAGUGCGGAGGAGGAGCUGGAGUUCAGCAGCCCCAAUGUGAAGAAGAAGUCCUCGAUGAUCCUGGACAAGGCCCGCCACCGCCUCAGCUUGGUCAGCUUCGCCAACGUCUUCCACGCCUUCCUCUCCAGGGACUGCAAGCUGUAUAAGAAGGUGGUGGAGCUGGCGCAGGACAAGGGCUCCUACUUCGGCAGCCUGGUGCAGGACUACCGGGUGUACAGCCUGGAGAUGAUGGCCCGCCAGACUUCCAGCACCGAGAUGCUGCAGGAGAUCCGCACCAUGAUGACCCAGCUCAAGAGCUACCUGCUGCAGAGCACUGAACUCAAAGCUAUGGUGGAGCCGGCCCUGCACUCAGAGGAGGAACUCGAGGCCAUUGUGGAGUCAGCCUUGUACAAGUGUGUCCUGAAGCCCCUGAAGGAGGUCAUCAACUCCAGCCUGUUGGAGAUCCAUAGCAGAGAUGGCUCGCUGCAGCAGCUCAAGGAGAACCAGCUGGUGAUCCUGGCCACCACCACCACCGACCUGGGCGUGACCACCAGCGUGCCUGAGGGGGCCGUCAUGAAGAAGAUCCUGCAGAAGCUGACCAGCAUGCACAAGGCCUACUCGCCCGGGAAGAAGAUCUCCAUCUUGCUGAAGACCUGCAAGCUCAUCUAUGACUCUAUGGCCCUCGGCAACCCAGGAAAGCCCUACGGGGCCGACGACUUCCUGCCCGUGCUCAUGUACGUACUGGCCCACAGCAACCUCACGGAGAUGCUCCUCAACGUUGAGUACAUGAUGGAGCUCAUGGACCCUGCCCUGCAGCUGGGAGAGGGUUCCUACUAUUUGACCACCACCUAUGGGGCCCUGGAGCACAUCAAGAACUAUGACAAGAUAACAGUGACCAGGCAGCUGAGCAUGGAGGUGCAGGACUCCAUCCAUCGCUGGGAACGCAGGCGCACGCUCAACAAGGCCCGGGCCUCUCGCUCCUCUGUACAGGACUUCAUCUGUGUGUCGUACCUGGAGCCCGAGCAGCAAUCUCGGACGCUGGCCUCACGGGCAGACACGGCAGCCCAGGCGCUGUGCGCACAGUGUGCCGAAAAGUUUGAGGUGGCUCAGCCCGAAGACUACCGGCUCUUUGUGCUGGUGGACGGACGCUGCUUCCAGCUGGCCGAUGAGGCCCUGCCACACCGAAUCAAGGGCUAUCUGCUCCGGAUCGAGCCCAAGCGAGACUUCCACUUCGUGUACCGGCCCCUGGAGAGUGGCGGAGAAGGCUCGUGCCAGCCCUUUCUAGUGGUGCGGGAGCCCAACUUCCUAUGAGAGGACCCACCGCUGACUGGGAUCUCCGGAGACUAGGAGGACAGUGGCCCGGGCCCUGAGCUCUCGUUGGCCACUCCUCCUAAGCGCACAUAAGUGCCUGUGUCGGUCACGCAGCUGUAACACCCACUGAGCAUGCCUAAGCCAAUCAGGCAGACUCAUCGCAUGAGGCACCGUGUUCUUCACUGGACAUUAAGGGAAACUGAGGCUCGGGAGGAGAAGGCUCUCUGGCCAGCUGUAGCCAACAAGCCCAACCCCGCUCACACGCAGCUCCUCAGGCUAUCCUCUCCACCUUCCGUUGGUCGUGUCCCCCACCAACCCUCAUCUUUAGUCCUUCCUGAGAAGAGCUCACUUUCCCCAAGACUGGCUAAGGAAGGGGUUCCUGGCCCCAGCUGCUCCCUGAACCUCAGGGUGGAGCUGAGAUGUUCCUCACCAGCCCAAGACCUCAGGAGUACUGUGUUGAAGAGACAGCCCAAACCCCUCCUGCCUCAGAGCUUGCCUUCAGCUACCAGAGUGCCCAGUCAGCCAGGGCACCCCUGGAGGAAGCCGAGCCAGCUCCAGGGAAACAUGGACAAGUUCAACCGAUGUCCUGAGAGUGGGGCGUGGGUGUGGGGAUCACUGAGGAGCCUGUUCUGUGAUAGAAACACAACAAGAUGCACUGUGUGUGUGUUUGUGUGUGGGGGGGGGUGGUUAAUAAAAGCCCUUUAAAGCUAAGUCCUCUGAAGGGGCUGAAGUCCAGGGCCCUGUUGCAUCUCCAACAUCCUUGGUCCCCGUCACCCCAGGCUCUAGAUUAUCUCUAGAACCAUCCCUUCUACCCUCCUGGGAAUUCCAGUUCUUUUGGCCUUCGCCUGGUCAGCGCUUACACGCAUCCUUCAAAGCCCACCUCCAGGAAGCCUUUCUUGACUCCCAGUGUUCGUCAAGCACCGAUAGACAGUGAGUCAGAACCAUCAGGUUUAAUUAUUGCCCUUUUUAUUUUUAUUUUUAUUUUUUUGAGACAGGGUCCCAUGAGUAAGUCCUCAAGGUCACUAUGUAGACAAAGAAACCCUUGAGGGUUCUCAACCUCCCUAAUGCUGCGACCACUGAAAACAGUUUUAUGGUGAUCCCCAACCACAAAAUUAUUUCCAUUGCUACUUUGCAACUGCAGUUUUGCUGCUGCUAUGAAUCAUAAUGUAAAUAUGCAUGUUUCCCAAUGGUCUUAGGCUAUCCCUGUGAAAGGGGCCUCAAGAUUUAGAGGUGUGCACCGCCAUGCUAGUUUAUAUGGUCAGGGAGCCCAGAGCUGGCUGCACGACAGCGUGAGCUACACCCUCAGCCCUGAUGAUGCUUUUCACUUUCGCUUUCUUCCGGCCCGCCUAGCUCUGACUUUCUGGGUCUGUUUUGUUUUUUCACAGCUUUGAGACAUGGCCUUGAGCUCCUAGACUCAGCAAUCCUCCUGUCUCAGCUUCCUCAGUGGCCAGGAUACAGAAUACCCAUGCCUGGCUUUUACAACUUGAGACUUAACUCACACGCAACUUGAUUCUCCUGGUUAAAGCAAAUAAUAGACUUUCAUAUCGCAUCUCACUUUUACUUAUGCGCGUGUGUACCUCUGGGUAUGUACGGGCGUGUGCAAGUGCCUCUGCAGGCCAGAAGAGGGCAUCAGAGGCCUCUGGAGCCAGAGCUACGGGUGCUUGUGGGCUAGCAUAGCUGUUAGAAACCACUCAGGUACUCAGCCAAGGGCAGUUGGAGCUCUCAACCACCGAGCCCUCGCUCCACUGUACCUAACAUUUGACACCCUCGAACUGUAACUAGUAACAGCCCACUGUUGGCCUUACCACCGACAUAAUAGUCUAUAGCACAGGUUUAGGGGUUUAUUUUACACGUGUGCCUAUGGAGACCAGACAAGAGCAUUGGUUGCCCUGGAACUAGAGUUACAAACAGUUGUGAGUUACAAACACCCAUGGGGGUGCUGGGAAAUUGAACCUGGGUCCCCUAGAACAGCCAGAGCUCUUAACCACUGAGCCACCUCUCCAGACCCACAGCCUAGGUUUUCAUGUUUUGUGUGUUGUUUGGCCAAAGGGGUGAAAUGUGCAAGAAAUCACUCUUCACUAGGACAUGAAAUUGACUGAAGAGACACAUAAGCUCCACGUCCUUGACCCAAGGUCCUUGUCCUGAGUCCCAGAGUGUUACUCCUGCAUUUGAGCUGGAAGCAAGACAUGUUUUGCAGGCAGGAUACAGGAUGCAACACUAUCUGACUUUGUUUACAUGUCUCUUUAUUGUUGAUGGCGCCAGAUGUGGUCCAUCUGUGUCUGUGUAAAUUUUACCUCUUCACUAUAGGUCUGUAUAUAACUUAUGGUAGUGAUAAAAUAGACUUAUUGCGUAUUUUA